AUGGCGUUCUUCAGGAGCUUUCAGCAUAACAUCAGUCUUCCAUCCAUGUCUUCUAUUGUGGACACCCUGAGUAAUGCUGUAGAUGGUUUAGCCAAUGCCGUUGAAGAGGUUAGUUACUCUGUAGCCGACUCUGUUACGGAGCAGGUUACAAGUAUGAUACACGUACUUCGUACAGACGAGGAGGAAAAUCAGAUGAAGGGAGCUAAAAAUAAGGACGACAGUCAGAUAACUCAAGAUAAUCCAAAUUAUUGUGAUGUAAGUAGUACAGAUUUCGUAUCCAUGGAUACAAAUGGAUAUGGAUCCACCCUCCAUACAGUUACAACUCAAGAUAAGCCAUCAGAAGAACGCAAGAAGGAAAGGAAUCGAAAACAUGACAAUGUUCUUGAUAGUAAUUGCAGUAGACAACAUAAAGAUGCAGAAUUUGCGCAUGAUCUUGACUUUCCGACAUCAGAGAGAGAAGACUAUCAUUAUCAAUCCAAGGAGAUGAUGAAAGACAGGAUUUCUGUUAAAGGAAAUCAAAAUGGUGAUUACAGUGAAGGACAUAGAUAUGGUCCUACCACUGAAGGAGCAGAAAGAAGGGAGAAAUCCAGAAAGACGACUCAUAAAUCCAACGACCAUUGGCAAAGUGACCAUGAUCCAAGAGAACGUAGUGACCAUGAUCCAAGAGAACGUACUAAAACAAAUGAUGUUACAGGUCAGGGUUCAAAAACAUUGAGGUCAAAAUCACCCAGAAGUAAUCACUUAUCAUCUCCUCGAGGCAACAGAGAUAAGUAUGUUGAGGAGACAGUGAAUCAUUCAAAGCAUCGUAGACUUCCAAAUAUUAAACAAAUUCAUGGAGACCAGUCUAAAAGGCUGAGGAACCAGUGUGAAGAUCUGGGAGAACAUUAUGCAAAGGAAAAUGAGAGUCCAUCUAAUAGAGUUAAUGAAAGAAGAGACAGAAGAACAAAGGAGAAGCAGUUUCACAAGAGCAAUGAAGGAGAUAUGGACAUCUCUGAAGGCAAAAAAGUGCGACAUAAAGGUCAGAACUUCCAUGGCUCAUCCUCAGAAAGUGAAGAUGAAGGUCUGGCGAAAUAUCAUGAGGCAAAAAGCCGUUUGCAUAGCUCCAGACCUGCUUCAGAGAAGCAUCAGAACUACAUGUGGGAAACUAGGCAGAAGUACAGCCCGCUAUCUGCUGAGUAUGAUGGGUACAGCAGCGAAGUAUCUGCAGAUGAAGCUAACAGCAUCCAAAGAAUGAGGAGGACACCGCCACUUGAUGAGCUGCAGCCUCCACCUUACCAGGAUGACUCUGGAUCUCCUCACCUCUCCUGUACUCCUUCAGAAAUAGGGGAUAGUAAAUGUCAACUAUCCCAUUGUAGCAAUAGUCCCAGAUACUCUUAUACUAAGUGCCCCAGUGAGGGGAGUACAGGGCAUGAAGUAGAGAGCUUCCAGAACAAAGGCUACGAAGAAGAUGUUCCCAGCGAUAGCACUGCCGUCCUGAGCCCAGAGGAUUUGUCAGCCAGAGGAUCAUCUUCACAGCUUCCUAAGUCUUUUGAUCCAGAGCCAGUAGCUAAAUACGGCACAUUGGAUGUAACUUUUGACUAUGAUUCACAAGAGCAGAAACUACUUGUCACAGUGACAGCUGUCACCGACCUGCCCACACACAACAGGACUGGGAAUAGUAAUUCCUGGCAGGUCCAUCUUGUUUUGUUACCCAUGAAAAAGCAGAGAGCCAAAACGGCCAUCCAGAAGGGACCUUGCCCGAUGUUCACGGAGACCUUCAUGUUUAACCACAUAGAAUCGGAGAUGAUUGCAAAUUACGCGGUGAGGUUCAGACUUUACCUUGUACGGCGUAUGAAAAAAGAAAGGAUUGUCGGAGAAAAGGUGUUUUACCUGACAAAGCUGAAUCUCCAAGGAAAGCUAGCAGUCCCCGUAGUAUUAGAGCCUGCCUACAGCCUCUCGGGCUGUGAUUCCCAAAUGAGUAUGUCAGAAGUGUCAUGCACAGAGAGCACGUCCUCCUGUCAAUCACUGGUCCACGGAGCAGCUCCUGAAAUCCUCAUCGGCCUCCUUUAUAAUGCCACGACUGGCAGACUCUCGGCAGAAGUGAUAAAAGGCAGCCACUUCAAAAACCUGUCAGCCAGCAGACCUCCCAAUACCUAUGUAAAGUUAACUCUACUGAACUCCAUGGGUCAGGAAAUGUCAAAAUGUAAGACGUCCAUCCGACGAGGUCAGCCGAACCCCCUGUACAAGGAAACCUUCAUUUUCCAAGUGGCUCUCUUUCAACUGUCUGAUGUGACUCUCAUAUUGUCCGUGUAUAACAAGCGCAGCAUGAAGCGCAAGGAGAUGAUAGGCUGGAUAUCCUUAGGUCUGAACAGCUCGGGCGAUGAAGAGCUUAAUCAUUGGACUGAAAUGAAAGAGUCAAAAGGACAGCAAGUAUGUAGAUGGCAUACGCUGCUGGAAUCGUAA